AUGAGCAGCUGCCUGCCUCUUCUGGAUAUUGAUGAAUGUAAAAAUGUUGCUAUAUGUGGACCUCGCAAAAGGUGUUGGAACACAGCUGGCUCUUACAAGUGUCAAUGCAAGCAAGGGUACAACACAGUCAAUCAGGACUGUGAAGAUAUUGAUGAAUGUACUUCCACUCCGUGUGCCCAUGAAGCAACUUGUCAGAACACAGAUGGUUCAUUCAAGUGUAUUUGCAGCACAGGUUUUCAGUCGACUGAGAAGGCUGGCUCCAGUGGAAGGAGGAGCUGUGAAGAUAUCGAUGAAUGCAAGUCCUCACCUUGUCACAAACAUGCAACUUGCAUCAACACAGUGGGAUCCUACCAGUGCAACUGCAGCACAGGGUUUCGGGAAUUACCUGCGACCAGCAAUCUCGUGGCAGGGAAAGUUUGUGAAGAUAUCGAUGAGUGUGAAUCCUCUCCGUGUCACCAACUUGCAACUUGCAACAACACACUGGGUUCCUACCAGUGCAACUGUGUUGCAGGGUAUCAGGGAUCUACUGCGACUCUCAACCUCACUGUAGGGAAGGUUUGUGAAGAUGUGGAUGAAUGCCAGGAUAAAAGUGCGUGCGGAGUGAACACGACCUGUCGCAACUCCUAUGGGUCUUUUUACUGCGUCUGCAAAGUGGGAUAUCACCAGAAACAGGGAGACACUCAGCUGGCCUGUACAGUGGAUCCACUUUCCUGUCCUGUCUCUGAGAAGCAGAACUCUACACUGUCGCAGUGCAACUUGAAUUAUUCAGCAAACGCCCAGCAGUUAAACUCUGCAGAAGACGUGCUGAAGUUAGCUGAUUGCUACCAUGAUAAAAUCUGUCAGAAUUUCAGUGGGACAAAGGAUACCAAGGAUAUGACGACGUUUGUAAACAAUGUUCUUAACAGUUCGCGGCUGGAUAGCAUGGACACCACUCAAAGGCUGAAGGUGGUAUCGGCCACAGUGGACCUCUUGGAGAACAUGGCAAUGGCUAUUGCUCUGAAACAAAACACUUCAAAACCACAGACCAUAGAAACAAACUCUUUUGUUCUUCAGGUCAAGGUGCCUGAAAGGAACACUGCAAGUGCAGACCAACUGGUGAAAUUGGAAACUCAGAAUAAUUCCUUCGCGAUUUACUGGAGAACCAUUGCUGGAGAAAAUAACACUGAGUUUCAGGCCGUUUCCUUAAUUGUAUUCAAAGACUUGGAAUCCCUGCUGAGCCAAGCGAUUAAAGGCGGACGUCCAUCUCAGAACAAUGUCUCAUUAAACUCCAAGGUGAUAGCUGUCACCAUCAGCAACAAAGCCGUCAGCUCUAAUCUGAAGGAAAAGUUCAAUUUGACUCUGCAACUCAACCAGGAAAAGGAAGUCAGCCAAGAGCCAGUAUGUGUCUAUUGGAGUAAUACCAAAAAGAAAAGUGUCUGGAAAUCUGAUGGUUGUGAACGGAUCGAUUCCAAUCAGACCCAUGUAACCUGCCAGUGUAACCACCUGACAAGCUUUGCUAUUUUAAUGGCUCCAGUUAAGAGUGUGACUGACGACAGGCACUUGGAGGUGAUCACCUACAUCGGCCUCAUCAUCUCCCUUUUCUGCCUCGCUGCCUCCAUCGCCGUAUUUGUCAACUGCAAAUCCAUCCAGAAUGCUAAUACCAAUCUUCACAAGCACCUGAGUAUCACCCUCUUCCUGGCACAGUUCAUCUUUCUGAUUGGAAUGCGGAUUAAACAGCCGGUUGUGUGCGCCCUGAUUGCCGGGUGUCUGCAUUACCUCUUCCUCGCUGUCUUCAUCUGGAUGUACCUGGACAGUUUGCAGCUCUUCAUCAUGUCCAGAAACCUGACAGUCACCAAUUACACUCGCACACAUAUCAUCGAACAAAGAUACCUGUACGUUUCUGCUUAUGCUGUUCCUGCUGUGAUAGUCAUUAUCUCAGCGGCAAUAUACUCCAAAGGCUAUGGAUCAGAAACUGCCUGUUGGCUGAAGCACGAGUUGGGGUUUAACUGGAGUUUCCAGGGCCCGGUCUGUUUCGUGAUUCUGGUCAAUACAGUCCUUUUAUUUGUGACUCUCUACUUACUGAGACGCCAUUUGAACUCGCGAAACAAGGAGGUGUCGAAGCUGAAGGAAACCAAAUCCCUAACAAUUAAGGCUGCAGCACGGAUGUUUGUUUUGGGAUCCACAUGGAUCUUCGGAAUAUUUCAAGUUGAUAAGAGCACUACAGUGUUCUCCGACUUAUUCGUGAUCAUCAACAGUCUCCAGGGUCUGUUCGUUUUCCUUAUUUACUGCGUUUUCAAUCGCCGGGUGGUUGAUGAAUUUCGGAAAUGGUUGACCAGUAAACAGAAGAGCUUCACCACGGAGACCUCACAGACAGAGAUGAACAUGACUGAGACUUGCAGAAGAUUCCAAGCAGAGGCUGACAAGACCCAGUGACAACAUUCUUCUCAGUGAAGCUACUUUUUAAAUUCCCUUUUGCCCUCACUGUACAUCUGGCUCUGAAGGUUGUGGGUUCAAGACCCACUGCCAAGCACCGUGAGUUGCAUUGCAGGACUGGUGACAACUCCAGAAUUAUAUGGCUUGUAUGAGCUUGUAAAAAGGCACCAUCUAACUUGACGUCUAAAAGUGUGUGAAUAUGAAAGUGAAUCUGUGUAGGAAUGUGUAUGCGGUUUGUUGUUAU